GAAGCUUUUUGAAACCAAACGGCAGUUGUCGCCUCCUCUCUGCCUGAGGUACCGGAAACGGUGGGGAGCGGUCCGUACACAUCUCCGGACACGGUCGUCCAUAUGGCCGUAUAACGUACAUUACUGUGGUUCUAUUCUAAGUAAGUGCAGCGGGCGGGCGGCUUGUUUGUCUGCGGGUUUUCCUCGUUUGGAAGGAGCACGAUGGACACUGAAGAUGUCGCAGCGCUGCGGGCAGAGCUUGAUCGUGUGUCAGCCGAGCUGCAGGAGACGACGGAGGAGAAGUUCCAGGCUGCUCAGUACGGGCUGGCCGUGUUGGAGGAGAAUGCAGAGCUAAAGCAGAAGUAUUGUGACCUAGAAGCUGAAUGUGACGCGCUGAAGCUGGAAUUAAAGCAGAUGAAGGAGGCGCUGGCAGAAGCCUACAGCAACCAGAAAAGAACAGCUGCCGAUGGGGAAAAUAGAGAAGAAAGUCUGCUAAAGGAAACUGCCUCCAAGGAAGCAAAGCUCACGGGAAAGAUUGAUGAGCUGCAGAAUGAACUAAGGCAGAUGAAGUUGUUCCUGACUAAUACCUCGGCAGACAAUGAGCGUCUGAACCUUGUCAUACAGAACCUGAGGAAGGAGUGUCAAGACACCGAGAAGGAGAAAGUUCCACUGCGAGAGGAAAUGAAACAGUGCAAAAUUAGGGAAAUGAGACACCUCCAAGACUUCUCUGAGCUGGAAGAAGAAAAUAUCUCUCUGCUGAAACAAGUCUCCGUAUUGAAGGAAAACCAGGUGGAUUAUGAAGGCAUGAAACAUGAACUGAAAAGAAGAGAUGAAGAAAUUGAUAUAUUGAAUGGUCAGCUAGAUGAGCUGGUGCGGUUGAAGGAUAUCGCCGAGCGUCAGCUUGAGGAAGCCCUGGAGUCGCUGAAGAGCGAAAGAGAACAGAAAAAUGAACUCCGGCGAGAGAUAUCGGGAUACCUAAGCUAUGAUUCCAUAGGGAACCUUCAGACCAACUUUGAAGACAAAAACGAAGAGUUUGACAGCGGAUAUAACUCUGGUGGCCUGAACAAGUCAAAUGGAGAAAUCCUAAUGUCCACUCCACGUCACAGCGACAUCUUCCAUCCCGGCCCUAACCUGGCAUCCGAUCUCUUCACUGAACUCAGUCUGACGGAAAUUCAGAAACUCAAGCAGCAAUUACUGCAGGUCGAUCAGGAGAAGGCCGAUAUGGAGAUUAACAUUCAAGAAAUCGGGAGGAACUUGGAUGAGAUGCGCAUGGACCUAUGUAAUGAGCAACAGAGAAAUACCGAACUGGUGGAACAAGUGAAGAGUCUCCAGAAAGACAGUAAUCGUAGACACCAAAUGGACAAUGCAGAUGAAAUUUCAACAUGUACCUGUGGACAAGAAGGGGCAGACAUGUUAAGACUGGAGAAGGAACUGAAAGAAGUAAAGCAGAGACAUGAAGUGUUUGAAAAGAGGUACCAAGAAGAAAAACAAGAGUGGGAGGUGAACAGGCAGGUGGUGGCCAAGGAGCUCCAUACGUCUGCCAGAUCAGAAAAUGAUGACCGAGGACUCUUGUCUGUUCUUCAGGAGGAGUUGAGGACGGCAAGGAGACUGCACUGUGACUUUCAGAGCAAGCUGAACUUGGCACAGGACGAGCUACUAUCCUUCAUAGAAGAGCUCGCCCAUCUUUAUAAUCACGUCUGUAUGCGCAGUAACCUGACGCCCCACAGAGUCAUGCUCGAUUACUUCCGAGAUGGCAAAGGGGCCAAGUUGCAUUUUAGAAAGAGAAAGUCUUCCGAUUUUUUUGGUAAACUUCUGGUAAACCCUGACUUGGAGAUAACUGACCUUCGCAGUGGUGACCACUCUCCACUGAGUAGUCCAGACUCCUCCAUCGGGUCUGAUUUUGGAGACCCUGCUAGAGAACCUCUCAGCAUCACCCACCUUAUUGCAGUUGUGAAAGACCAAUUGAAGCAUCUGCAGGGUGCCCUGUCAGUGUCCUGGCACCACACGUCACUUGAAUCAAUUACGUCUGAAAUGGACAAGGAGAAAGAGGUUUUGGUGGAAGAAGUCAUGAAACUGAAAGCUUUGCUGAGCACUAAGCGGGAACAGAUAGCUACUCUGAGGACUGUUCUGAAGGCUAACAAGCAGACAGCGGAGGUGGCCAUGUCAAACUUGAAGAGCAAGUAUGAGAAUGAGAAGGCACUGGUAUCGGAGAUGAUGCUGAAGCUGAGACAGGAGUUGAAGGCCCUGAAGGAGGACGCUGCUACUUUUUCAUCGAUGCGCUCAGUGUUUGCAAGCAGAUGUGACCAGUAUGUUAACCAGUUAGAGGACAUGCAGCGCCAGCUCGUGGUAGCCGAGGAUGAAAAGAAGACAUUGAAUGCCUUACUGCGGAUGGCUAUCCAACAGAAAUUGGCCCUUACUCAGCGCCUGGAGGGACAAGAAGCAGCUCAAGAUACCUCAAAGUCAAGUCGGUCAAAAUCUGCGACAAAGUCGAAAACUCGAUCAUCAAAAUCUAAAGUGAACUGACCGUAAAUUUGCUUCCACCAUCCUGGACUUUCCACAUUUCUCUGCACGGGGCCAGGAGCCACAGCCACAUUCCCACAUAAAGGACUUUUGAAGACGUCAUGCCCAACAGUAACAAGCUGCCCCAGCGUCCUGCUUGAAGCACAUAAUUCCUAUACCUCUUACUAACUUCUAGAUUUUUGAUCUGCUAGCAGGAAAUUCUCUUUUUGGGAGACAAAGUUGUAAUUUUUUAACUUGAAAUAUUUUAUCAGUUUAAAAAAAAAAAGUAUGUAUAUAAAGUUUUUAUUUUGAAAAGUGCCUUAAAAUGCUUAAAAGUCUACUAACUUAUUUUAGUCUUAAAAAAAAAAAAUCGCAUACGGUUUCCAUGUAAUUUUGCAAUUUUUUUUUUUUUUUUUUUUUGGCGAGAAAAUAUAUAUAUAAUUUUUUUUUUUUUUUUUAAAGACCGUAUUGCUGAAAAACUCUUUUGGAAACCUGACAUUCAGAAAUGUAAUAACGGUUGAUAGUAUUGGCUAAUUGUAAAUCACCGCUGUUUGGAGCCCCUUUUAAUGUAUUUGACAACUGCAGUAUUUUUUCCCUAUUUCUGUACUGUGAAAGGGUUGUCUGGCCAGACAAAAUUAAAAUUGAAAUUGAGUGCAACUACUAAUCUGCUUUCAGUAGCACAGUUGUCCUGAAGUCCUACUACAAACUCCAGUCCUGCUGCUUCCGAGUCUUCCAACACAUAUAGGAAUCUUCUCCUCCUUCUCUGUGUAGUGCCUUGUAUGAAAGGUACUGGCUGUGUGACCCGAUGCGAUAGCUAAGCCAGCUCUCAUCUGCAACAGCCAUAAUAGAGAUGGGUCUGGCUUAGCUAUUGCAUGGAGUUACAGAACCAGCCCCUGUAAAGCAUGACUCUAGCGUCAUGUUCAGACAAAGGACCACCUUCUCGGUCAAGUGCAGCAGAAGCGUACGCCAUCACCAGACUUCAACAUGUAUUCUGGUUUUAAUGAUUACAUUUAGGGAUGAGCAAACUUCAUAUUUUGAAGUUUGGUUUGGGGAAUAUGCUGCAUUGCGUUACGGAUUCCAUUACCACGGAAUGCCUACGUUAUGGUCCGUGGUAACAGAAUCCAUAACGCAAUUCACUAUAUACCCGAACUUCAAAAUAUGAAGUUCGCUCAUCCCUAAUUACAUUUAUUUAUCUAAAGAAUAGGAUGUUGAACAAUUUUCUAAUAUAAAUCUAUGUAAAAUUUUGCUCGCAUACCUUUAUUAUAUCCAUACAGCUGCCUCUCCCUAAAGAGGUCUGGCCCAUUUUAGUCCUUUUUAAAAUGCGUCUCUAGGAGAGCUGGAUAGGACUAAACAUGGCGUCAUGUGACCCUUACAAGUAUCAUAUGACCUUUCUUUCAGUUAACUGCCCAUGUAUCUAACAAGUGAAUAGUAGCGUAUUAAGGAGCAGAACAUGUAGAGCCACCAUUUUACAAAUCACCUAGAGCCAGGCGGCCAUGUAAAUACACAGUAAUUUGGUUACUACAGUAACUACAAUAAAAAUCUGCAUUCCACCACUAGUCCUAUUUACUCAUCAAAUGAACAUGUCCCGUGUGCUGACCCAGCACAGGUACGUCAUGUAACGCUGCUGCUUACUGAAUGUCAGGGAUUAUAUGAUGUGAAGUGUCACAUGACUGGUGGAAUGUUCCACUUAGGCCACAGAUACAUUACCCAGGACUACAUUGUAUUGUGCAUAUAGGGGUCAUCUGUCUGAUAGAAGUAAGGUAUGUACAGUUGUGUUCAGAAUUAUAGCAGGGUGUUUAAAAAAGUGAAUAAAGCUCAAAAUCCUU